AUGAAAGACUACAUUAUACACUUUGCUCAGACAUUUCCUGAGUUUAGAAUAGCAGAACUUCAGGAGUUGGCUUCUUUUUAUGGAUUCUCAGUCGAUCUUUCUGGACAUAGAGAAGAGUGUCCGUUCUUAUUGGUGUCAUUGGAAAACGAUGAGCAAGCAUCUCAACUAGUGUCACGAUCUGUUAUGUCAUACGGUAUUUAUGAAUUAUGGGGUUACGGUAAAACUUAUGAAGAAUUGCAUGUGGAUGUUAAAGAAAAAUCAUCGGAUAAAUUUGAUAAAUACAAAGAAUGUUCAUUCAAGUUUGAUUUCAAAUCUUUCCAAGGUAAACAAAGUAAUAGAGAAAAAGUCAAAACAAUAGAGUCCUUUUCAUACUUGGCGUUUGAUGGGAAAAUUGAUUUGAAAACCCCAGAUGAAACUUUUGUUGUCAUGGAAGAAUAUAUUAAAGGAGGACCAAAAGUGCCAGUAAAUAUUUGGUUUGCAAGAGAACUUCAACUAAGCCAAAGAGCCGAGGGUUUAAUUGAAAGAUAUGAUUUGAAAAAGAGAAAUUAUAUUGGAACCACAUCGUUUGAAGCAGAAUUAUCUUUGGUUACAUGUAAUUUGGCACAAGUGGCACCUGGUAAAAUUGUGUAUGAUCCAUUCACCGGAACUGGUUCCUUUUUGGUUGCAGCUGCGAAUUUUGGAGGGUUAACUAUUGGAUCAGAUAUCGAUGUUAGAAUGCUUAAUGGGAAAGGACCAGAUGCAAAUAUAAAAUCUAAUUUCAAACAGUAUGGAACAGUUGAAAGCUACCUUGAUGUAUUGACAAUGGACUUCACUCAUAAUGCCCUUAGGUCUGAUCUCCAAAUUGACACUAUUGUUUGUGACCCACCGUACGGAGUUCGUGAAGGUUUGAGAGUUUUGGGUGCAAAGAAUGAAGAAAAAGCCACAGGCAGGGAAAAUGACAUAUUCAACGGGGAGAUUGCAUAUUUGAGACGUGAAUUUAUCCCUCCUAAGAAGCCUUAUCAGUUGGCCAGUUUAUUGGAAGAUUUGUUAGAGUUUGCCAGUCAAAGAUUACCGAUCGGAGGAAGAUUAGCUUUCUGGAUGCCCACAGCCAAUGAUAAUUUUGAAGAACACAUAAUUCCUCAACAUGAAAGAUUAGAGUUGUUGCAUUGUCUAGAACAGCUGUUCCACCAAUGGUCAAGAAGGUUGUUGGUAUACGUUAAAAGGGAUGAAUCGUAUCAAGGGGUUACUAGUAAUGGUUUAAAGGAAAAGAAUAUUAAAGAUUUUAGAGUUAGAUACUUCCAAAAGUUUAGUACUAAUGGCAAAUAG